UCAUCCGCCGCUAACGGAAGUGGAGUUUUGCGUCGGAACAUCACGUUCCAGAGACUUCGCUCAGCCGCAACAACUCCACUGAGAUUCACGCUAACCUCGCCGACGGGACUGCCGUGUGUUGUCGUUUGAUUCGCCCAGGUUGUGUGUGGAGAGAGCCUGUGUGAGCCACAGUCAUGGUGUGCAUUCCCUGCAUUGUGAUUCCUGUCCUGCUGUGGGUCUACAAGAGGUUCCUGGAACCCAUAAUCUAUCCUGUCAUUUCCCCCUUCAUCAACGCCAUCUGGGGCAAUAAAGCUGUAACGAACACAAGUACUGAUCAGAAAGCCAGUGAAACAAGUAAUGGGACUCACAAGCUUGAAAGCAACGGUGAGGCGACUGCAAAUGGAGCGACUAUAGCAGCUGACAAGAAGGCCGACUGAGUGUUGUUUGUAAAGCAGAAAUGGCCGUGUAAAUAUUCCCAGCGUAUCGUUUAGAGAAAUCAGUCGUUGUCAAUGUUCUUCCAGUAAUCUGACUGUAAAGCUGCUUGAAGCUUGUUUUUAGCUUUUCAUUCAUCAUGUUAAGGUAGCUUCGCUGUUAUAUUUUCUGUUUUUUAAGUUUUUGUCUGAAUGAAACAGAUUUAGGCACUUUAAUGAAAGGAUGGAAGAAAGCCUUCAAAUAAAUGCUUAUUUAUUACAAACCUGACUUGCCACUUUAAGUACUUUAAUAUUCUGUUCAAGUUACAGCAAAGACAUCAAAGCUUAGAUUAUUUUAUAUAUAAAAUUAUUGUUCUUGUGAUGGUACUUGUAAAGCUGGCCUAAGAUUAAUCCUUUUUUUUUUAACUGGUGUUUUGUUAAAGGAAAGGAAUGGUUGUAGUAGACUGACCAUUUUGAAAAUAUAUACACCUUUUUAAAAAAAAAUUUUCCUAUGAAAGAUACUCAUUCUUUUAUGGAUUUGGAGCAUUUUGUUGUUUUCCUACAAGUAAAUUAAUUCAGUUUAGGUGUAAUUAAUAAAUGCUGAUUAAACGUUCAUUAAAACAGUGACAGUUUGGCAACAAUAUUUAAUAUUUAAUAAUUUUUCAGAAAUCUUACUCUAAGUUUUUAGAAAAGUAUAUUUUCUGAAUGAGUUGUUAAAAGCGUAAAGGAUUGUAAAGUUGUUUUUUGUGUUUGAAGAAAGUACAACUGACAAACA